AUGCUACUUAUCCACAUGUUACUGAUUGACGUGGCACUGAUCCACAUGUUACUGAUUCACAUGUUACUGAUCCCCAUGUUACUGAUCCACAUGUUACUGAUUCACAUGUUACUGAUCCCCAUGUUACUGAUCCCCAUGUUACUGAUUAACAGGUUGUUGAUCCACAUGGAACAGUUCCACAUGUUACUGAUCCACAUGUUACUGAUCCACAUGUUACUGAUUCACAUGUUACUGAUCCCCAUGUUACUGAUCCACAUGUUACUGAUUGACGUGGCACUGAUCCAUAUGUUACUGAUCCCCAUGUUACUGAUCCCAAUGUUACUGAUUAACAGGUUGUUGAUCCACAUGGAACAGUUCCACAUGUUACUGAUCCACAUGUUACUGAUUGACGUGGCACUGAUCCACAUGUUACUGAUUCAUAUGUUACUUAUCCACAUGUUACUGAUCCACAUGUUACUGAAGUUACUGAAGACACAACCAGAGGCAGAAACACCUGGAAAAUGGUGUGAACCUAUAAAAUGCUUGACCAAACAACUAGAAUGA